GAGCGCAAUGGCGGCCAGGGGCGGCCGGUGGCUACUCCGAGGGUUGAAACGCGGAGGCGGUGGCUUUGGGCACAGGUUCGUGUCCGGCUUCCUGAGCGGAUCGCUGCUUGGCUCCGCCGGCUGUGCACUGGCCCUGCACUGGUACAGGGAGCGGCAGCAGGAGGAGGACCAGCGAGAGCAUACAAAAGGUAGCCUGCUGGGAAAGUAUGGCCUGCCUGUGAUAGGCACGGAUGUUCACUACUGCACCAAUCACGUAUCAUCGUAUGAUCAGGCCAAGAGGACUCCUCGAUGGGUUCUCGAACAUAUUACAAAAGAAAAGCUGCAAGGGGAAGCAGAUCGGAAGCACUGCAAGUUUAAACCGGAUCCCAACAUACCGCUGCUGUUCAGUGCAAUGAACGAAGACUAUCUCCGCAGCGGGUGGAGCCGCGGUCACAUGGCUCCUGCAGGAGACAACAAGUUCUCAACGCAAGCCAUGGCCGAAACAUUCUACCUGUCCAACAUUGUGCCUCAGAAUUAUGAAAACAAUGCAGGCUUCUGGAACAGGCUGGAAAUGUACUGCCGUGAGCUGACCCAACGAUAUGAAAACGUCUGGGUUAUUUCUGGACCUUUGACUCUGCCCGUAACAGGAACUGAUGGGAAGAAAUCUGUUAGCUACCAGGUGAUAGGGAAGAAUGAGGUUGCUGUACCAACACAUCUGUACAAAAUCAUUCUCAUUCAGAAGGGCAAGGGGCCCUCUGAAUUGUUGGCACUGGGAGCCUUUGUUGUGCCCAACAGUCCAAUUGGCUUUGACCACCAAUUGUCUGAAUAUCAGUUAGACCUCCAGGACCUGGAGAGGAUGUCUGGGAUCACUUUCUUCCCCGCCUUGGACAAAGCCAAACGGUACCACAAUCUCUGCCAGGUAGACACCUGCAAGCUGCUGAACUUUGCAGAGUUUACUCAGUACAUCGCCGGGCGGAAAGUGAAGAACGCCAAAACUUUGAAAGCGUUGGAGAAAAUCAUGGGUGAGCUCCGUGAGAGUGGGAUUGAGCCGGACGAGUACCUUCAGAAUCUGUACCUGAGGAAAAAGCAAGAGGUGGAACGGAAAGAAACAGCUGAAAGUGGAGCAGCCAAAGCUGGUUAAACCAAGUAGAUAUCAUGAGAUCUAGGUGGAUAUGCACAGACAUACAUACAUCAGGUGGUGCAGAGCUAUGUUAUAUCUGCUUACAUGUGGAUGUACAUUCUGUGCCGAGAUGUCCUGUGUAAGAUACGUGCAGGUAUGUAUUGACAUACAGCAGACAGACUGCUUUAAGGUAUUUCCAGGUAUCUGGUGACAUGGUUAUUAGAUAUCUGCUUUCACUGUAUGAGAUAUUAUUUACUGACUGGCAUAGGAUAUGCAAAGUUAAAUGAUGAUGAGAUGACAGCAAUACUUUGACAAAUUAUGUUUAGAUAUGUGCUCCAAUAAGAUACAUGUUGUUAGAUUCAGCUCUGAACUAUGGGGUUUAUUGUACAGUAUAUGUGGAUACGUAAUGAUAAAUGGUUAAUACGAAUAUAUGCAGAUGUAUGGCAUGUAUUAACUUGAUUAUGUGCUGACAAGGUAGAUCCUCUCUUGUGCUUUAUUUUUAUUUCCAAUUUUGCCUCAUUUUAGUCCCCACUUUAUAUAAUUCUUUAAAAAUGUCCUUGUUUUCUGGGCUAUGUACUGCUCCUGGGGUGAGGGACGUUUUGUUAAUAGUCUCCAGGCUAGAUUUCCCAUUGUGAACAGUGUGGAAAUGGAUAGGGGGGCAGAAAUGUGCCAUAGAAUUUAAUGGUGUAACCAUCACAGUGCUGUGUCUUGUACAGAUUCCUCUUUAAAACAAGCUGCCCCUCAAAGAUGCACUGACCUCGCUGAUAUGUUCAUUUGCACUGGAUAGCACUGAGAUUUGAACCAAAUGUUGAAGUUUACAGCACUGACACGAUCCACUGACCUGGUGCCUUGUUGGACGUGGUUGUGGGUGCACCAGCCACUUGUGAUACACUUUGGAAAAGCAAUAGUGAUGUCUACAUGAAACAGCCUGUAAGCAUAGGGAGCAAAUAUAAGCAAAAGAACCAGAGGAGAGAUGGGGAGAAUCUUUUCACAUGGCAAAUUAUGAUAUGCAAUAUAUGUCCUGAAGCAGGGAAAACAACUCAGUUGUAAUUUUCAAAAGGUAAUGAGAUAAAUAUUUGAGUGUCGAACUAUGUUCUAUGAUGUCAGAAGUCACAUAGUACCAGGUUACAGUCCAACAGGUUUAUUUGAAAUUGUGAGCUUUCGGAGCAUUGCUCCUUCAUCAGGUGAAGUGGAGGGAAGCGCAUAGAAUUUAUGUGCAGAGAGAUAAUGGCACUUGACUUUGUCCUCAUUAGAACAUAGAAAAUAGGAAAAUACGGCACACAACAGCCCUUCAACCAUGAUGUUGUGCCGAGGAUUAUUCCUCAUCUAAAAUAUAAUAACCUAACCUACGCACUCCUCAAUUCACUGCUAUCCAUGUACAUGUCCAGCAGUCGUUUAAAUGUCCCUAAUGACUCUGCUUCCACCACCACAGCUGGCAACACAUUCCAUGCAUUCACAACUCUCUGUGUAAAGAACCUACCUCUGACGUCUCCUCUAUACCUUCCUCCUAAUAUCUUCAAACUAUGACCCCUUGUGCCAGUUAGUCUUGCCCUGGGGAAAAGUCUCUGGCUAUUGACUCUAUCCAUGCCUCUCAUUACCUUGUACACCUCGAUCAGGUCCCCUCUCUUCCUCCUCCUCUCCACAGAGAAAAGUCCGAGCUUAGUCAACCUGUCUUCAUAAGACAAGCCCUCUAGCCCACGCAGCAUCCUGGUAAACCUUCUUUGCACCCUCUCCAAAACCUCCGUGUCUUUCCUGAUGAAGGGCUUAUGCUCAAAACGUUGAUUCUCCUCCUCAGAGGCUGCCUGACCAACUGUGCUUUUCCAGCACCACACUCUCAACUCUGAUCUCCAGCAUCUGCAGUCCUCACUUUCUCCUUUGUCCACACCAGUCCAACACUGGCACCUCUACACCUUGUUCUAAGAUGUUAUUUUAAACACUAAAUAAAAACACAGUCAUUUUAUUUUGUUAUAUUAGAUGAUUUCCUUUCUGGUCAAAUAUUCAUAUUGCAUUAUGAUUGUUUGGAAGUUCUUGCUUCAAAAGCAGAUAGACAGUCACUUACAUAUUGCGUAUACCUAAUGAUAAAUGGUUACGGUCAUUGAUACCUAUGGCGCAGUUGCUCAGUGGUUAGCAGUGUUGCCUGAUAGUGCCAGGGAUCCGGGUUCGAUUCCAGCCUCAGCCGACAGUCUGUGUGGAGUUUGCAGAUUCUUCCCUGUGUCUGCGUGGGUUUCCUUCGGGUGCUCCGGUUACCUCCCACAGUCCAAAGACAUGCAGGUUAGGGGGGAUUGGCCGUGCUAAAUUGCUCGUAGUGUCCAGGGAUGUGCAGGCUAGGUGAGUCAUCCGUAGGAAAUGCAGGGUUACAGGGAUGGUGAGGGGGUGCUGUCUGAGUGGGAUGCUCUAUGGAGGGUUGAUGUGCACCUGAUGGGCCGAAUGGCCUGAUUCCACGCUGUAGGAGUUGUAUUCUAAAUGCUCACAGAAUGCAAGCAAAGACUGAUCUUUUCAUGGCUUUUGGGAAUAAAAACUAUCGGUUCAGCAAAUAUCUAAAGCUGCUUUUCAAUUCCGAACGAUCUCCGUACAAACCUCAGCAUUUCUGCCAGAAGGGAUUUUUAAAAUCGAUUUGUCCUUUCAGGAAAAUUAUGCGAAAAACAGUUGUUCACAAUGCUAAGCCCUGGGUUUAUAAAUUUCUUCUUUUUCAUUUCCUUGAGCCUGUAAGGAGAGCAGUGUCUAAAGUUGCCAACAUUAGAUUCCUCCUGACACUGGAUACAAGUAAUCAGGCUUCAUAUCUAAUCCUCCGGCUCCAGAAAUGCCGAAUCUUCGGGCUCUCCUGCGAUCAAACAAACAGGCCGUCCAAGUCACACAACAGAUGGUAGACGGAAGAGGACCCGUGGAGCAUUCCUUUGUGAGAAUCAGUGUCCGUUAAUACUCUACAAUACAUAUUGUUUACUAGCCAUUGACUUAUUGUUUGUUAAAUACUGCAGGGAGGUUGAUCCUGGAGUCUUGUACAACCUGCCACUGCACAUCAGUGAUGGCGCGUGCCUUGCCUGUUUGCUGCCAUCUGCAUACAACACACUGAUCCAAAAUUGGACUUAGACCACCCCUGUAAAGUUUGGAAGGCUUUAAUCUGCUUUCAGAGUUCAGACAGUGAUCAAAAAUAGAGUUCACUUUACAUCCUACACAUAAAUGCAUUGCCUGCUGCCCCACAGAGCCUGACCGUCUAAGAAGGCUCCAGGUUCCAGUCCACUUUUGUUGUGGGUUUAUGUUACUGAGGAAGGAUCCAGGGAAUGUGUGUUCAAAUCCCGCAAUGACAGCUUGAGAAUUUAAACUCAGUUUGAAGAUUAAUUUGGCUGGUAUCAGUAAACGUGACCAUGAAGCUGUCAGAUUGUUAUCAACAAAACCAUUCAAGCUGGUUGUUAAUGAGCUCCAGGGAGAGAGAAACUAGCUGUUCUCACCCAGUCCAACCUCUGUGUGACUUCAGCCACCGAAAAGGUGGGUUCUUAUCUACCCUGUGAAUUGACUCACCAAGCCGCUCAGCUGUAUUUGGGGCAGCUAGGAGUGCCCAAAAUCUCUCCCCAGCAAUGCCCACUUUCACGAGAAUGCUGCUUUUGGAAAAGGUUCCCUCAGCUCAGUUCGCUGAUUGUAACUGAGGAUUUGGCAUGAGCAGACAGACAUCAGUGUAGGCGCCCCCGCUGUGUGUCCACUGGUAACACCACUUCAGGCAGACGGAUCAAGAGCUGAGAAAUGGGACUAGGUUGAGUGGCUUCUUUUCCGGCUGGCACAGGCACGAUGGGCAGAGUGGUCACCUUCAGCACCGUCAGUGUUUCUGCUUUGAGUCGUGGAGGUCUGCAGCGUGGAAACAGGCAAUUCGGCCCAACUUGGGCACGCCGCCCAGUUUUCACAAUUUAACUAGUUCCAUUUGCCUGUAGUCCAUAUCCCUCCAUGCUGGAUCAGUGGUGCUGGAAGAGCACAGCAGUUCAGGCAGCAUCCAAAGUGCAGCGAAAUCGACAUUUCGGGCAAAAGCCCUUCAUCAGGAAUAAAAGCCCCCAUCCAUGGACUUGUGUGAAUUUUUCUGAAAUGAUGAAAUUUGUGCUCGCUUCCAUCAUUACCUUUGGGCAGCUUGUUCCAGACACUCACCACCCUCUGUGUGAAAAAUUGCCCCUCUGGUCUGUUUUGUAUCUCUCUCCUCUCUAUGCCCUCUAGUUUUAGACUCACCUAUCCUGGGGAAAAGCUGUUGGCUAUCUACCUUAUCUAUGCCUCUCUUUUUAUAUACCUCUGUAAGGUCAAAAGUUUCUAAAUAAUUUGAGGAGGAGGGACAUGUGGAGAAGGCAGGGGAGUGGCAGUAUGUAAGUCACUGUUUGGAAGAGCCAGGAUGGACACAAUGGGCUGAAUGGCCUUCUGUGCUGUAACGAUCCUUGAAACGUAGCUGCUGAAGGUUCCUCCAAGGCUUUCUUCUGCAGCUCCUCUCAGUAAAAAUGUGUCCGAUUUCUGCUGUCUAACUGCUCACUGGUGAAGAAGCACCCAAGUGACUCCAAUAAUGGAGAGGUAAAGUCACUGAAGAUCGAAAGGAACUAGGGGAAAGGUUAAGAGAGAUUUUGUUUAAUCUGCCAGUUGUCAGCGUGUGGAAUGCACUACCAGAGGCACUGUUGGGAAAAGAACUGAAUAGAUUUCGCAAGGGAGGUAGGUUUACAUUUAAAAAGUACAAAACGAAAUAAUAUCAGGAAAGAAGAUGGGGUCAACGUUCUCGAUAAUACUACAGAGCUGUAAGGCAUCAUGUGUUUUGAGAUCUGUGUCAUGAUUGCGUUUGCCAUUGUUACAUAAACUCAGUAGAAAUGGCAAUAAUCCAACAUUCUACUUGUACUGUAUAAAGAAUGACAAGUAGCAACUUCUGAGCUUGAGGUGUUCCUUGUUCAUUGGUGUUCCUCACUUUUAGUGUGGUGCUCCUGUCCUAGUGAAGUUUCUCAGCUAGUUUAAUAUUACAAACUCUGUGACCAUUCACAGCCAGCUGAAGUCUUGCAUGUUUGGCUAUAAACAUUGACAUUCGGGAAGCGUGCACUGCAUUCUGUGGCUACCCCGUGGCCCUGGCCAGGCCUUGAGCCUGUCUGACCCUGGCAUAGUAAGGGGAUUUCCCUCAGGCUGUCAUUAAAGCAGGUGCUCCCAGAGGUCAGAAGCAACCUCCCCAAUUCCCUGCUGUUGUGAUUCAUUUUUCAUCCUCCAAACAGAUGAAUCUUGACAAGUCGCUAUCUUUCCUGGAGCGAAAGCCUUUUCUCUGGUUGGAUCAGGAUUUCAAUUGGCUGCUUCUCAGGAUUCCUCUCUCCUGGUUAAAUUGUAUUUGCAUAGCACCUUUCAUAACCUUGGGCUUUUUAUAGCCAAUGAAGCACUUUUUGAAAUGUUGUCUCUGAUGUAACAGGAGGGAUAUCGGCCGCGUGCUGGCAGGUGGGACAAGAAUGGGUUGGGAUAUCUCUAUGACUCUAUCACUGUAGAAAAAAGGUUAAUCAAAAACAUCAAAUUGAGCACAUUACCUAUUUUUUUUCAUUUUGUUUGAGGAAUAA